AUGGGUUCUACUAUGGAUCUCGACAACCUGAAGCGCAAGCGCUCCUUCUCCAGCGAUGAACACGAUGAUAGCCCACCGCUGAAAGCAUUGAAACAGCAAGUUGUUCGGGGAGAUUUCCAAGGACUGAAAGGCGCAGCAUCCUCGCUUUUAGGUGAAGCAGGUCAACAACUCCUUCAGCUCGUCGGACAGGACCGAUCAUCCCCUGGGUACGAUAUUGGGGGGGCCUGGGUCACAAACCUCCGAUCAGUCGCCUUCGAUGCCAGUGGCAAUGAAGUCCCCUAUGAGCUGUCACCGGACAAAGGUCUUGGCUCGGCUCCUGGGUCAUGGCAACACGGACUGCCCACUCCAGAUCCUUCGCCCUGGCCCAAGGACACCGACCCUUUCCUGAAGGCUGCGAGCCUCAGUUCGACCGUCGCAGGCACUCCAGCUGGCCUGGAGAGCUUGUCCAACUCGGCCUAUGUGGGCGACAUGAAGCUUUUCGGUCUCAUUCCAUCCAAAAUUUAUCUCUAUGAGCACGUCGGCAGUAUUCUGCACCCGUACAAUGAGGAAAUCAGGAUUACGCCAGAUGGAUCUCUCUCGCUUGGCACUUUCAUGCCCUCGCUCAAAGGCAGCGAGUGGGAUAUGAUCGCACUCGAGAAUCCCAUCCUCGGCUUCCAAGAAGAGGUCAUGUUGGACGGAAUCACGAGCCGCAUGAACGGGCUCUAUUUCGAAACCGACCUCGUCUUCCGAGGAGCCUUGCAGCCCGUGUCGGAUUUCCUCCACGAAUUCUUCCAGCAGCAGAAACCCGCCAUUCGUUUCAGCGCUUGGCUGGGUGAGACACGCGACUAUGCGAGGCCUUUAUCCCUUCCUUCCUUCGUGCUUCGCGGCUCUCUGGAGCAUGUCUCGGUCAAUGUGCUAGACAUCUUGACGUUUCGACAAAUUGGUGUCGAACUAAGUGGCUACAAAACAUACAAUCUUGACAAACGCGGAAGUAGCUGGCAGUUUGAGUAUGGCUUCUUUGGCAACCUGGACCUCAAUGUUCCUGGCAGUGUGGUUCCUCUGCAGGUUCAAUACUAUCUCCGCAAGUCGUUCAACGGGUGGCUGCUUCAGCUCCGCCUUCAGGAUGACGAGUGGAAUGACAUCUUUGGCAUCAAAGACCUGAAGGCAAGCUUUCCCCGAUAUUUCCAAUCACUAUCCGAUGUCCGAUUAGAAGCUCAGAUCCGUACUUCCUCUGAGCAAAAGCAAUUAUCAGUAGGAGUCGAAGCGAACCUGCAGCUGAGGAAAACCAAAUUCGGCGUGCGUGGUUACUAUUCCAAAGAUCCUCUACUGUUUCCAGAUUUCUAUUCCAUCGAGGCCUAUCUAGGCGAUUUGACGUUGCACGAUGUCGGAGAGAUCUUCCAUGAGCUCAUCGGGAUGGAGAUUGAUGGCUUUUCUCACGAUGUCGCGCUGCGAUCCAUGAGUCUCUGUGUGUCCUCGGAAGGAUUCACGCUCAGAGGAGAGGUGACGGUCAACGGCCACACGUCCACAAGUGGCUGUUUGGCCUUUACGCGAGAUGGUAUCACCGUCCAAGGUAGUGUUGGCGACAUCGAGUUCGAGCAUGUUAUCAUCAAGGCCGCAUCGCUAGACGUCUUCAUUGCGAGCAAGCUGGAUACUCAAUGCGCACGGGCAUCCAAGGUCGACAUAUUCGGCCAUGUCAACAUCCAUGGGGUGGAGCUCAAGGCCGCACUGCACACGGAGAAAGCUCAGGACGGAGAGUUUCGCUGGACCAUCUAUGGUGAGGUUGAAGGCGAUGUCACGACAAGCAAGAUUGUCCCGGGUCUCAAGGACACUUUCCUGGACAUCUCACUGAACAGAUUGGCGCUGAUUGCCUCAAAUCACGAGGCCCCAUUGGGUUCCUACAAAGGAAUCAACUAUCCAGUGGCCAAAGGUUUUCAAUUCUGCGCCAGUAUUGACAGCAUUCCCGAGCUCGAAAAACUCAUGCGCGGUAGCGUAAAGGGCAUGGUGUUCCGCGCGGCACUGGUCAACGGACAAUUUGCGUUGAGCAUUACGUUCCCGGCAGAUCGCACCAUCACUUUUGGCGACCAUGUGUAUACUGGCCCGCUCAUGAUCGAAAUCGCAAAGUCGGACCUUGAGUUCCAUUUGAUCCUCAAAGCCCUCCUCAACAUCAAGGUCGAGACUCAACCCAAACCUCUCCAGUUCUCUCUCGGUCUGAAAGCUAGCUAUUCCGGCGCGGCAGCGUAUGCACAGAUGUUGACGGACUGGACAAACCCGUGCAACGUCGGCAAGCAGGUUACUGUUCGGGGCUGUGCCCUUGAGUUUGGCAUCGUUUAUUCCACCUUCUUCACGACGGGUAUGCCGGGCGCCAUUGGUCUAGCUGGGCAGAUCAUGAUCGGAGAAAAGGAAGCGAAACUCGCCAUGAAGCUCAGCCAGAACCCUAAGGAGCAGAUCCUCGUCGCAGCCGUCAAGGAUCUCGGCGUUGUUGACCUUGUCAGAUUCGCCUCCCAAAUCUGCGAGCAUGAGUUCCCAGAGCCAGAUGACUUCCUGCAUUUCAAUGACGUGCAGCUAUACCUCUCCACUGGCGCCUCGAUCGGUGAGACCUACUACGCACCGGGUGCGUCGCUCAAAGGCGACAUGACCAUCUUUGGCAAGAGAGCCAAGUUUGACUGCACGAUCGGCAGUAUGGUCAAAAUCAUGGCUACCAUCGAGCAAUUUGAACUGGGACCUCUCAAGGUUAGAGGCUCCACCAGCGAUGAUCCUAUCGUCGAUAUUGAGCUCUCCACGUCGAAGCAAAAAGUCCUCAUUGAUGGUGCUGUGGAUCUCUGGGCACUAUCAGCCGCUCUACAUCUCGAAGCUGAAGUCUACCCGAAGCCCAAAUUUGAGUUCUGGGUCGAUGUCUCGCUGUCCGACCGGGUAAAGUUCAAGCUCGAAGCGAAGCUUACCGGUGAUAUUGAUUUCAGAGAUCUUUCGUCGCUGGCAAAUGCCGAUUUUGCAAUCUAUGGCCUGAUGGAGCAGCAUAUCCUUGACAACAUCAUCGACAUGCUUGACAAACAGAUCAACUCGAUGCGCGACCACGCAGAUUUCAACGAGGCCAGGCGGAUACUCUCAGAUAAGGAGAAUGAGUUCAAUGCAUCAGUGCAAGCCGCUAGCAGUCAACUUGAAGAAGUGAAACGGCGCUGGGAGAGCAAGGAACAGGACCUCACCUCGGCGUUGGAGCGCGCCAGGUCGGAGGCGCAGAGCUACAAGCAACAGCUAGAGGACAAUCUUGCUACAGCGGAAAAGUCGUAUGCCAGCGCCGUCGUCGCUGCUAUUGCAAAUCUAGAUCAAGUUCGUCACGAUGCUGCCGUCACUGUCCACCUAGCCGAAACAGACCUUCAGCGAGCGCAGUCACAGAGCGAGGAGGCAGUCCGCCAGGCACAGAGCGACCUCAACGAGAAGCGCAUUUCCUUCAAGUUCAUGUUUGGAAGCGCUCGCUCUGACCUAGAGCAGACGAGGAAGAGUGUUGACCAGGCUAUCAUGGCCAAUGCUGCGAUCACAAGAGAGCUGGAGGACCUUGACCAUCGCCUCAACGAGGCGCCCAUCCUGGACAUGCCGAUGCUCCUGGCAGAGCAAGCAGUCAAGGCUGCAGAGCAAGCCAUUACGGCCGCAGCGUUGGAAGCCGCCAAAGCCAUUUUCGAGGCUGCAGAGCUGGUCAUUCAGGGGUCAGAAUACAUCGCUGCAGAGGCUGUGAUUGCUGCUGAUGAAGCAUCUCUGGAUUCCCUGAUCGGGUCAGAGGCUGCUUCAUUAAGUACCGCCAAGGCCGCUUUUGAGGAGCUCAAGUUCCGUCAGGAGGAAGCCGUACGCUGCGCAGCUCAGGCUUUGGAGGAUGCCGAGAAGCGCUCUCCUGAACUAGAGACAUCCACACGAGCCAAAGCGGUGCUCGCUGACAGUCAGACUGUGAUGGACUCCAUAAUCUCGCCCGCGGAGAAGGCCUUCAACGGAAGGUUCAAGUGCACAGAGUAUCUUGCCGUGGCCACAGCCGAAAAGGCCCUCGCAGCAGCCCAGAGCAAUACGGUGGAUAUCGAAUUGGCCCGACAGGCCUGUGAGCUGGCGGAGCAAGACUCUUCCAGCUUCGCCAACGACAUUCUAGAGGUUGGGCUCAACAUCGGCAAGUGGAUUGCCAGUGCUGCGGCAGAGCUCAUCAACAUCACCAAGAUUGAGUUUUCGGGAUCAAUCUCGAGCCUUGUUGCGGACGGACCACCCUUGAUCGUCAAUGUGCAAGGUAAAUUGCUGGGCCAAGAUAUUGACCUCCACAUCAACUGGCAGCCUCACUUUAAUUUGGCCAAGUUCAUCAAGGCGAUCUUCAGCGAUCUAUGGGAGAUGAUCAAGAAUGCGGCUGGCAAGUUCCUGGAGGAGAUUGGCGCCAAGAUUGUUGAGUUCGUGGAAGACGUUGCCGAGGCUGUGGAGGAACUUGCAGAAGAUAUCGGAGAGGGAGUUGAGAAGGCCGCUGAGGCUAUCGAAGAUGCCGCCAGCGAUGUAGCUUCCGUCCUAGACGAUGCUGGAAGUGCCAUAGGCCAUGCUGCUGACGACGCGGCCGAAGCCAUCGAUGAUGCUGUCAGCGACAUAGGUUCUGCCUUAGAUGAUGCCGGCAGCGCCGUAGGCCACGCUGCGGAGGAUGUGGUUGACGCCGUCGAUGAUGCCAUGAGCGAUGUGGGCUCGGCUUUGGACGAUGCCGGAAGUGCAGUCGGCCACGCAGCUGACGAUGUUGCCUCAGCUUUUGGAGAUGCGGCCAGCGAUGUUGGGCAUGCCGUGGACGAUGUUGCUGGCGAUAUCGGAAACGGCUUCAACGACGCGGGCAAUGCGGUCGAGGAUGUUGCCAAUGACGUUGGAAACGCCUUUAACGAUGCGGGCCAUACGGUUGAGAAUGUUACAAAUGAUGUUAAAAACGCGAUAUUCAAUUUUUUUUAA